UACAAAUGUAAACGGACAUGAACACACUCGAUGGACGCGCAAUACCAAACGAAAUGGCGUACGUUUAAUUCAACUGUGUUGAUUACAAAAUGUCCCAUUAUUAUUCAAUAUGAUUUGCAAACAAAAACAAUUAAUCAUUAUUUUCAGAGAAAUGAUAUUGUUUCGGUGCUGAAUUCGAUUUUUUCUUCGGUUUGUUUAUUUAAUUUGUCAAAAUAUUUACAGUAAUCAAAAAUAGAUAAACAGCUUUAGUUUAGCAUCAUCGGUAUCAGCACACAGUGCAUAUACACUGGUAUUAGUGUUUUCAUGUUGAAUUGAGCGCAUUUCACAGAAGAAAGACGUUCAAAAUAUUAGCAAGCAUAACGUGGUCGAUUCAAACGGUUUGCCGCGCAUGAACCACACAAAAAGUGUUGUGCACAUUUCGAUUCGAUUUUCAAUUGCUGAUUGAAUGUGUCGCCGAGUUGACAUCCGCUGAUCCGAACAAUUUGUUUUUGCAUAGAUAUUUUCAAUUUGUGCAUCUAUUCAUUUCGUAAUGGUGAAUCCAGUUAUAGUUGAUAGUGACGAUGAAGUGGUCUUUGUUGACACAGCCAAUUCCAUACCAAACACUAACAAUAACGAUGAUGACGAAAAGUAUUAUUACGCGAAAAGAUCAAAUCGCGAUAAUGUUAUUGGUGCAUGGCAGCCGUGUGAGUUGCAGGGGAAGAUUGAAAAUAUCGACGAUCCCAACGCAAGUAGCUACAUCGUAAAAUUCAUUCGGUAUCCGCAGAAGAAAAAUGUUCUGGAAUAUGAGCUAGCCGGUCGUCACUGGCCACGCGGCACUGAGCUAACGUUUGGCACCCGAGUAGUUGCUCGGCGUUGCUUGGAGCGAUUGCCGUAUCGAAUCGACAAAUCGGGCGAAAAAAUCUUCUUGCUUUAUAGCAAAAACAGUGACUUUUAUGCAGGUGUCAUCGCGGGUUUUGAUGACAGCCGAGUCUUGGUCUUUUUCGAUGAUGGUAUAGUUCAAUUGGUGGAACAUAAGGAUAUUCGCCGUGUCAUUGGCAAUGAUCGAUGGUACCAUGCUCAUUGGAAUGCAAAACUAUACUUUGAUUGGUACUUCGCUAACGAACGAUUGGAAGCUCAACCAAAAGUUCAACAAAUGAUCAAAGUGGAAUUGAAUGGCAACUGUGAAGCAAUGGCCAAAGUGUUGCAAGUUGACGAGAUGUUGGCGCAAAUCCAUUUCGAAGAAGAAAAUCGUUUUGAAUGGAUCUAUUUGGGGAGUCCACGAAUAUUCGCUGUUUGUCGUGAAUUAAUCAAACAGAAGCGAUUGGACGGUUUUAUUUCAUAUAAAACGUACAAGGCCUGUCUCAGUGCCAACGAUGACGUCGUAAUGUUUGAUUUCGUUGAGACGGAAGACAAAUCGAAUGAAAAACCAACGGAAAAUGAAAUCGUGCCAAUCACUUCUCCAAAGUUCGAUGUAAUUAGGACCGUGAACCAUGAUUGUGAUUAUCGCUGUGUGAGUUUGGCGGAUAAAAUCAAACUUAAGGAAUACGGUGGCAUCAAUCUUGAUCAAUAUGGCGCUUUUUUGCGUCCUCUUUUGACCGGGUGGACCCGUCAUGGUUCUGAUAAGAAAUUCUAUAGGGCUCCAUGCGGCUCAUGUUUCCACUCGCUCAGCGAAAUCGACAAGGUUUUGUUUCAGACUGAUUCGAAGUUACGUAUUGACUGCUUCGAUUUGAGCAAGGACUGUGCAAUUGUGAAACAGGGUGCAAAUUCGAAGGUUGAAGACAAAUAUGAUAUUUCACGUGGAAUUGAACCGAUUCCGACGGUAGUGUGUGGUGAAAUGUCUUUGGAAGAUAAAUCAUUUAACUACAUCAAGGGCUACAAAUACGAUUACAUUGACGAUCUGAAGAAUAAUCUCGGUCGGACUGGCUGCAAUUGCACCGACAAUUGUCGCGAUAAAUUGAAGUGCAGUUGCUGGCAACUUACGAUUCAACGUAUGCUCAAUUAUCCAUCCGAAGACAUCGACUAUAAGGAUCACACAAAAGUUGGAUACAAAUAUAUGCGGCUCCGGGAAAUCGUUUACACGGGAAUUGUCGAGUGUGGCAGCAAUUGUGCUUGCUGUGCAAACAAAUGUGUCAAUCGUGUUAGCCAAAAUGGAAUGCAACAUAAGCUGGAGGUGUUCAAAACUGAAAACAAGGGCUGGGGCGUUAGAGCCAUAACCGAUAUACCGGAAGCAAUGUUCAUCUGCAAUUAUACCGGCGAUGUGUUAGAAGAUUCAGCCGCUGACAAACGAAGUACAAAGUAUCAGUUCAAAUUGCCAAAGUUUGAUGAUUUUGACUCCGAUGAUUCAGGCAGUGAAGAAGACGAGCCAGAGUCGAAGAGACAACGAGAUGAAUGUUACGAUGUGAUUCAACCAUUCAUCAACUACUUCCCACCGACCAUGCAAAAUGGAAAUGCAAACCAAUUCCCAGAACCGGAGCACAGCAAAUCGCGUAGCAAGAGCUAUGUGGUUGAUGCGUUAUAUAAUGGCAAUAUCUCACGGUUCAUCAACCAUUCAUGCGAUCCAAACCUAUUCGUACAAUCAAUCUACGUCGACGAAGAUAAGCGCUUUCCGUGGCUUGGUUUUUUCAGUUCUGAACCGAUCAAAGCUGGGCAAGAGUUGACAAUUGACUACCGGUAUGAGUUGACUGAUGGCGAAGGAAUUAAAUGCCAAUGCGGCUCAGGUGGUAAAUGCCGAAAGCGAUUGACUUAAGCAUCAAGACAAAAAUAUCAGUAUUGACAAUAGUUGUAUUUCAAGCAUGUGCAUGAUGGGAUACCAACCCAAAAAAAAAAUUUGUUUAUUGAGAUUUAGGCCUCGUGCAAGAGCAACAGAUGAGUUGAGACUAGAAGAAUGUCAUUGUUUUUCAUUUGAUGAAGCCAUCUCAAAAUACCAAAUGGAUAGAUAAUAUCUAAAAUUUGACAGGCACAUUGCAUGUUUUUUAUAACGGAAAAUUUUUAUCUUUUGAUUUAAUUUUUAGUUAACACACAUUUCAGAACAUUAAGCGGUUAAGACGUGGGAAAUAAGAAAAAAAAAACAUAUUUUUUGAAAUACUAUAGAAAUAUAAUGUUGAAUUUCUGUAUUUUUGCAUUUUACAUGCAAAACUGAGCCUGUUCGUAUAACACAGAAUAAAACAUUACUUUUUUUCUAUGAGCAUAUUAUAUAUAGAAUAUUGUGCAAAAUUUGCUUUAAAAUAAAAAAAAUACUUUAUUUUCAAA